UAACCCUCUCUAUGAACAACUGCGGACGGCGAGUGGAAUGCAAGUUUACCAAAGAUGGAGUGCGCUGUCCAGCAGUGACCAGACGGUCAACGUGCUGCAGCUUCUGGUCGACAUGACCGGUUUCCAGUACGUGCUCCAUGAAGAAGAUGUCGAUCUCCUACGCCAGAAUGCACGUAACUUUGAAGAAGAACGAAUUAUAAAUGCGCCUUUCGAGGCGUAUGAGUUUCUAAAACACCCGAAACAUCUCGCCAACCUCGACGAGUUUUGCCGUAACCUCAUCGUGCGUCCCUGCAACGAGCUGCUUGCCAACAAUGAGUGCAUUAACUCGAUGAUCACCCUGACGCUCGCCUUCUGCGCCAGCAAGCAGGACGAGUGCGUAAUGGUCGGAACGUUCUUCGGUAGCAUCCAGCUGGAGUAUCUCUGCGCAGCACAACGCACACUUUUAGGCGACUUGGAGCGAGCUAUCGCUAUACGCGACGGUGAACGGCAGCAGCUAUUGCAGCGCAAGCAACGGUACAUAGACGAUAUUUGCAUCUCGCUGUUCCGGUACUGCCGGGCCGGAUUAAGCUUCGAGCAGCUCUGUGUACCACUGACAGAGCGGUUCUGUCGUCUACUCAUCACUUUUUCCGACCGAAUCGUGUUGCACUACAACGAGUUACAGAUUCUGGCCGAUAUUAUGAAGGUGAAAUGCAAAAAGGCCCUGCUGAUCGUGCUGCGCUGUCUCAAGGAUCUGUUAGACAACGAACCGGCGGAUGAGAGGCUGCAAAAUCGCGUCGCUCUUUUCAUACUUUGCGAGGCGGACCUGCUUGUUCGUGUGAUGUAUGCUUACAAGCAGCUGGAACUGUCUGUUCUUAAUCUGCUGCUAAAAGCACACCGACAAAUUGGCACUCAAGUAUUCUCCGAAGAUGUGGCAACAAAGAUUGCGUUCAGGAUUUUCACUGCCUCUCAAGAGCCGGUGGUCAAUACAUCGAUCGACCUGCUCACACGGUACUACACUGCCAUCACACCGGCGGAUGAGCUGGAGUGUAAGAUGCUUGUGGAUUUGCUGCAAGUGUUCCAAGCGCAUGAGCUACCACUCGCCACACUGGAUCGGGUAGUCGAGAAGCUGUGGAUCAAAGGGUUCUUCAAGCGUUUCGAAGCUAUCUUCCAGUUGCUGAUGAGCUUGGAUAUCUCGGUCGACACGUUCCUCGCCAAGUGCGUUGUGCAUACGAUCGCACACUGCCACGAGAUGCUGGUCGACGAUAUCAAGGAAAAGAUAUCUCCUGACCCACACCGAGUCACACUGGGGACUCGUUGGGGCCGCAUUCGGGAACGCAUCCUGAGCUUCGUCGCUGUCUAUCCAAAGACCUUGCGCGACAUCUCGGUUCAUCCGGAACACUUUGUGUUGCUCCUGAAUCCGCUGCAACCAGAGUACAAUGAAUAUUAUGGCAUGUGUGGAGUAAAUUGUGAGGCGUAUUGUGUGGAAGUAUUUUACAAAACGCUUCUACCGAUUGCCCUCGACUGUGGUUCGUUCUCCGUACUGUAUCACACUCUUGCCACAAUCUAUCGCUACGAUCGGAUCAUGCACAUCUCGGAAGAGAUCUGGCAGAAGUUGACGAAUGAAUACGCCGACAAUUUCUUCUGUGUGCGCAGCCACCUGAGACGUUACAACCUGGGGAUCGACAGACGUCUCAUGAACAGCUACGAUGCCGCCAUUACUCGCUUGUGCGUGCUGAUUGAAAUUAACAGUUUUUCGCGCGAUAUCGACACGCUGGUCGAAUACCUGGCCAACGAUCUUCGGUUGCUCGAGCGAAUGGAACUGAGCAUCGAAGGGGAGAUGAUCUUCUUCCGGCUCUACAAAAACACACUCUAUGUCCUCGUGAAUCGUUGGCUAGAGAAUCCUGCCGAGUUCCCUGCGGCUAUGACGGAACGAGUCAUAGGACGUCGCGUAGGGGUCCUGAUGACGGAACUGGUUUCGCGGCUUCAAACGACGAUCGACCUGGAGUUCAGUGGAGCGAUGCAUUUGAUCGUUGCCUUUUGUGAUCUGAUGAUCCUGCUGCAGCCUUCCUCACAGAUCCAUCAGAUGACCGAGACAGGCAACAUCGUGUUUCAGGUUGAAGAGACACUAUUAGAAACACUGGGGAGCGCUGUUGAAUGGCACGUUUUCAAUAAUACUGAUCCCGAUACAUUAAAAACACUGCUUUCGCAGAGGAAACAUCUGCUUGGCAAGUACAUUGCAAUGUACCGAUUGCACGGAAGCUUACCACAUUCAAUGGGUCCCAGCCACGUUGUGUUGCACUAUGGUCGAGAAAACGAAUUUGAAAUGGAGCUGGAGCAACUGCUGCUCAUCACAUUCCGUGCAGCAGUCAACAAUCGCUUUAACGAUAUCAUAAGCCAUGCUUUCCUUAGCUGUUUUCUCACCCGGGGUAACAUAAUGAAAGGAAAGGUUUUCAUAGACAAGAUUCACGAAUAUCAGCUCAAAUGCUUGCCCGACGAGAAUUCCAGCGCGUAUUCAUUUGGAAUUCUACGUUCCAUAGCCCAACUUUUGCUGGAACAGAAUGAUACGCACAACGGUGGAAAUAAAAACUCCAUCUUUCCUAAGGUUUUGAAAGCCAUCAAACCGUGGACGCUAAAACUGCCUACAGGAACUCGUAAAGAACUGUAA